AUGGCAUGCACGCACAUUUCAGCAGCGAACCUGGCCAAGCCGACGCCCGCCGAUUCGGUAUAUCGCGAGGACUGCACCCAGUGCUUCGACUCCAUCGAUGACCCCGCCGGGCUGGAUGUCUGCCUCAAGUGCUUCAACGGCGGCUGCGCCGGCGACCGCAACCAUGCCAAGCUACAUAGCACCGCCCGGAAGCACCCUCUCGUUCUCAACAUCCGCCGCACCCGUAAGAGAGUCGUCCGAGAUGAGCCGCCGCUGAAGAUGUCCAAGCUUGCCAUCGCCGCCGAGACCGAAGCCGACCGCUACGACACGGCGCUCACUGUCAAGUGCCUCGAGUGCGGCAUCGACGAUAUUGACAGGAGCGACCCUACCAUUGCGGCGACCGUGGACGCAAUCAUGAAGGCAAACACAUUCUCGCGCAAAGAGGAGGUCAAGGCGUGGGAGCAGGAGUUGACGAGCUGCGAACACAUUUUUACGCUCCAACAAGGGGAGCCCCGACCGAUCGAGUCACAGGAUUUGGGCCACUGCUCCAAGUGCGACCUCAAGGAAAACCUGUGGCUCUGCCUGGAAUGCGGUAACCUCGGCUGUGGGCGGGCGCAGUUUGGCGGAGUGGGCGGCAAUUCCCACGCUCUCGCGCAUUCCCAGGAGUCCGGCCAUGGCGUGGCUGUCAAGCUGGGGUCCAUCACCCCAGAGGGGAACGCCGAUGUCUACUGCUACACCUGCGACGAGGAACGGGUCGACGAGGACCUCGGUGCCCAUCUUGCGAACUGGGGCAUUAUCCUGGCGGAGAGGCAAAAGACGGAGAAGAGCCUGACCGAGAUGCAGAUCGAGCAGAACCUGCGGUGGGAGUUCUCGAUGACAACAGAGGACGGCAAGGAGCUGACUCCGCUAUUUGGACCGGGGCUGACGGGCCUCAAAAACCUUGGGAACAGCUGCUACCUCAAUAGCAUUGUUCAAUGCCUCUUCGACAUCCCCUCCUUCCAGCAACGGUAUGGUGGCGGGGUAGAGAACCCCCCUGACGUAUCUAAUCCUGCAGAGGAUUUUGAGACUCAGCUGCUCAAGUUGGGCGAUGGCCUACUGUCUGGCCGGUACUCCAAGCCCGACUCAGACGUGAUUGUCUCGGAGCACUCGCCCGAGGCACCCCACCAGAAAGGUCUCCAGCCCUCGAUGCUGAAGCACCUCAUCGGAAGAGGCCAUGCCGAGUUCUCGACCAUGCGCCAACAAGAUGCCUUCGAGUUUCUGCAGCAUCUCAUCAAGCUCAUCACGCGGUUCAAGCAUCCAGCAGGACUCAGCGACCCCACUCAGGCAAUGCGCUUUGUCAUGGAGCAGCGGCUGCAGUGCUUGGGAUGCAAAAAGGUGCGCUACAGCAGCACCGAGCAGGACAGCAUCUUCAUCGACAUACCCUUGGAAAAGCUUCCGGUCGAGGAUGGCCAGGAGCCCAAGUACAAGCCCGUCAACUUGAAGGAGUGUCUGGACAAUUUGACUGCACCCGAGACGGUGGAGCUGACUUGCUCAGCUUGCGGCAGCAAGGAGGGGUUUUCCAAGCGCCAGCUUUUCAAGACAUUCCCUGACGUCCUCGUCGUCAACGCGCAAAAGAUGGCCGUUGUGAACUGGGUUCCUAUCAAGGUCGAUGUCCCCGUCCUGGUCGGAGACGAGCCGUUUCCUCUGGAUUCGUAUCUCUCCAAGGGCCAGCAACCAGAAGAGGACGUCUUGCCGGAAGAAGCGGCUGCAGCAACGACCCCCGUGUUUGUGCCGAACCCGGAGGCGCUCGCAGUCCUGGAGGGCAUGGGGUUCCCGAGAGUGCGCUGUGAGAAGGCUUUGCACGCGACCGGCAACAGCAACGCGGACGCGGCAAUGGAGUGGCUGUUUGGACACAUGGAUGAUCCGGAUAUCGAUACGCCGGUCAACCUUGCUGGGGGCGACACCUACACGGCAGAUCCGGAGAAGCUUGCUAUGCUGGAGUCGAUGGGCCUUUGCGGACCUCGCGCGACUAAGGCGCUCAAAGAGACUAACGGGGAUGUCGAGAGGGCGAUUGAGUGGCUGUUCAGUCACACCGAUGACGAGGGCGGAGUUGAGGAGGCGGCUGAUGUGGGCAAGAACGCGGACAAGAAUGGGGAGGCAGGGAGCAGCACGCUGCCGGCAAACUUUCAACUGCAGUCAAUUGCGUGCCACAAGGGAACGAGUAUCCAUACGGGGCACUACGUGGCGUUCAUCCGCAAGAAGCUUGGCGACGAGGUCUCGUGGGUGCUGUUUAACGACGAGAAAGUGGUCAAGGUGGUGGACGUGGAGGCGAUGAAGAAGUUUGCCUACAUCUACUUUUUCAAACGGGUUUAGCAUGGCAUGGUGUUCGCAUUUGCUGGUCAUGGGGGCACGCGGCAACUGUAGAGGAGGUCGUUUUCAUGUUGUAUGGAAAGCCCAUAGAAAAAUAGAUGCCCGAACGUGUCAUCUGCGGCACCCGGGAAGAUUCAUCCCAGG